AAGCACUUGAAGUUAUGUGAAAUGUGUAUGUACGUACAUCUACCAUGUCUUUUCUUGUUAAGCCAUUAUGCUGAUGGUUUUCUAUUUUUAUUUUUUGGGCUUCAUCUGUGAAUGUCAGAUCAAUCUUCGCUUGAAACUGAGGCAAGAAUAUCUUCUGUGAUCUAUGAAAAGAAGAAAUUGUUCAAUGACUUAUUGACAUCUAAAGGUAACAUAAGGGUAUUCUGCCGAGCUAGGCCAUUAUUUGAAGAUGAAGGUUUCUCAGUUGUUGAAUUUCCAGAUGAUUAUACCAUACGAGUAAAUACUGGCGAUGAAUCCUUGUCUAACUCAAAGAAAGAAUUUGAAUUUGACAGAGUUUACGGACCUCAUGUUGGACAGGCUGAGUUGUUCAGUGAUGUUCAACCAAUGGUGCAAUCAGCUUUGGAUGGAUAUAAUAUUUCCUUAUUUGCAUAUGGACAAACACAUUCUGGAAAAACACACACUAUGGAAGGAUCAAGCUAUGAUAGGGGAUUAUAUGCUCGUUGCUUUGAGGAGUUGUUUGACUUGUCCAACUUGGACACAACUGCUACUUCUCAAUAUACAUUCUGCGUUACUGUUUGUGAGCUCUAUAACGAACAGAUAAGGGAUCUGAUCUUGGAGUCAGGGAAAAACUUGCCUAAACUGUGUUUAGCUUCACCUGAAUAUCUCAUAGAACUAAUGCAGGAAAAAGUUGAUAACCCUAUGGAAUUUUCUAGGGUUUUGAAAGCUGCAUUUCAGAGUCGAGGAAAUAAUCCAUUAAAGAUUAAUGUUUCUCAUUUGAUUGUUACCAUACACAUAUUUUAUAACAAUUUGAUCAGCGGUGAAAACUCAUAUAGCAAGUUGUCUCUGGUUGAUUUGGCUGGAAGUGAAGGUUUGAUAUCAGAAGAUGAUAGUGGUGAGCGUGUCACAGAUAUGCUUCAUGUUAUGAAGUCACUUUCAGCGCUGGGAGAUGUAUUAUCUUCUUUGACAUCAAAAAAGGAUGUUAUUCCUUAUGAAAACUCAGUGUUGACGAAACUACUUGCAGAUUCUCUUGGUGGAAGUUCAAAAUCUCUGAUGAUUGUAAAUGUGUGUCCAAAUUCUUCGAAUUUAUCUGAGACAUUACUGUCUCUCAAUUUCUCUGCCAGAGCUCGUAAUUCUGUCUUAAGCCUUGGAAAUCGAGAUACAAUUAAGAAGUGGAGAGAUGUUGCAAAUGAUGCACGUAAAGAGUUAUAUGAGAAGGAAAAAGAAAUCCAAGAUCUCAAACAAGACGGUCUGAGACUUAAGCAAGCACUUAGAGAUGCAAAUGAUCAGUGUGUUCUACUCUUCAAUGAAGUACAAAAGGCAUGGAAAGUUUCGUCUGCAUUGCAGACAGAUUUAAAGGCAGAGCAUAUUUUGCUGGCUGAUACUUAUAAGGCAGAGAAAGAAGAAAAUUCUCAGCUUAGAAAUCAAGUUGCUCAUAUGUUACAGUUAGAAAAAGCACAAAAUUUGCAGAUACAACAGCGCGAUUCAACCAUUAAAAGUUUGGAGGUUAAUAUUUAGUAGUUUUCAUAAAAUCUUAAAGUACUUUGUGA